AUGGCGGAUGCUUCAGAUCGAUCAGCAGUUCCUGCAUGGGACGGGUCCGCCAGGACAUGGCGGAGAUACACAAGAGAAGUUGCUUGGUGGGUGACUUCCACCCCGGCCCACAAGCGAAGAUAUUGCGCCAGUAAGCUGCUGAGCCGUUUGACAGGUCCGGCACGAUUGUUGGCCAUGUCAUGGUCCAGAAUGGCAUUGGACAAUGAGUCGGGCACGAGGACCCUGCUUCAGAGGUUGGCGGCCUCACCUUUAGUCCGCCAGACCUUGCCCAACACGGCUGCUAUAUGUCAACAAUACUUCAGCUUCAAGCGCAAUCCUUCGGAAAGCAUCGGCAACUUCCUUGUGAGAGAAACCUUGGUCCAUGAAGAGUUCGUGGAGGCGAUUAUCCGGUUGCACGAGGAGAAGAUGGGGGUUUCCCAGGAAGCCCGAGACUUCGGACUUCCCCCUGUGGACGAGUCUUCAUGGGAUACAUGGGAAGAUGCAGAUUGGACGGGUGGCAGCUGGGGUUGGUGGCCCGAUGAGGAUUACGAGCCCGAAGAGGGGCCACCUCCUGUUGGCGAGCCUCCAGCUGCUGAAGAUGUUGCUCCCGAUCCCGCAGCUCCCCCUGGACCCUCAUCUCCGAUGGCAGCUCCAGGAUCCUCUCCAAGUCAUCGUGGUGAACCUGAUCUACCCCGUGGCGGUGACAUGCCAGAGACAACGAAGGCUGCUGAUGGCCCUCCGGAGGCCAUCGAUGAGAUGUCCAUGACGGAUUCGUUCAUACUCGGCGUUCUACGAGGAUGGCGGCUUCUCCAGGCUGCCGGACUUUCGGCAGAAGAAAAACGAGAUAUCCUCAGUACCACCAAGAAUUCUCUCGACUACGAAGUGGUGUCUGCAGCCUUGCAGAGUCUUUGGGAUGAUCAGCUACUCGGUCACCGCUCCCAUGGCGGCCAUGGCAACUACCACAUGAACUGCGUGGACUCCACGCACGACUUCUCCGAGCAGUACGCGGACACCAAUGGCUGGGAAGACGAGUGGUGGCCCGAGGCAAUGUAUGGUGACCACUACGAGGAGCAAUGGGAUGAUCCCCAUGGCUGGUGGGAAGACGAGUGGUCUUCUCCCAACACCGUCCAGGCGGCCACCACAGAGGACAUGACACCGGAGGACCAGGAGCGCAUGCGUGAGGCACAACAAGCCGAAAGAGUGGCCGAGACCUUGGCAGUGGAAGCCCAGCGCACCUGGGCUGACGCGCAACGCGCCACCCAGGCGAUCAGGCGAGAUCGUGGAUUUGGCGCAGCAUCUACCAGCCCUGGUGCGAAUGGUACCUGUUUCCAGUGCGGUGGCAAUCACUUUGCCCGUGACUGCCCUCAACGACGAUCCUUUGGAGGCAAAGGUCAUGGUAAAGGCUUUGGCAAGUGCAAGGGUGCCUUCUACAUCUCCCCGGAGGAGCUCUAUGCCAACUUCGUGCCAAAGGGCAAGGGCAAGCACAAGGGGAAGCGAAAUAUGUGGAUGGAGGCCCAAGGGCUGUGGACUAAGGGAAAGUCCAAAGGCAAGAGCAAGUCCAAGGAUCCGUCCAGGUCCGUCAACGCCUACAGCACUGAUGUUUUCGUGGGUGGCUUGGAGCUUCGUGAAGGCAUGGACCUCAACUCAGCGAACACGGUGGCCGCAAGACCUGAGGUGGGAAUGCUCGACUGCGGGGCAACCGCCUCUGCAGGUUUUGAGGCUGUGAUCCAAUCGUUGGUCACGGCCGUGCUCGCACAAGACCGAGGUGCCCGCAUCGAAGUUGACCAAGCCUCUCGCCCGUAUUUCAGGUUUGGGAAUGGGAAGUGGGGCCGUGCUCUAUGCCGAGUGUCUUUGCAGAGUUCAAUAUCUGGCCAGACGCGAUCCUUUGCCCUGUACAUGCUCCCAAACCCCUCUGAGUACUAUCAAUCACAGUUUGACCGCAGUGCCUUAGUUCCGAUUCUCAUUGGCAUGGAUUUUCUGGGACCCGAAGGAGUCGGCAUGAUGAUAGACUUUGCGUCAGGUCUGGCUAUGCAAACCAAGGAAACCAAUCCUGAGAUCUUCAAACUGGAUGUCAAUGCAAAGGGCCACUAUGUUUUGGACAUUGUGCAACAUCUAACUAGAGGCCAUCGUUGUGAUGAAGGGCAUGCUCUUGUGAUAGUCCGAGGCUCCCAAUCCGAAUCCCACUCUCCUUUGUCACAUCAGAUGCUUGAGCUGUGGACUGCCUGGAUUGAUCUGACUGUCAGUGAGAGUGACAUGCAUGCCCGCGAUCUUGAGUUAGCGCGCAACCGCAUGUGGCAGUUGUACCGAGCUGGACAAGCCUCUUGCUCUUCCACAGCUUCUUCAGCUCAGAUGUUGAGUCGUCGCGACUCCAUUGCCCCCUCAACUUCGCCCUCGCGUUCUAAUCCACAUGGCCUCGGCUUCGUCGGCGCCAACGGUGGACCCCGAGAUCGAGCAGAUCCUCGUGGCCUCGGCAAAGGCCAAAUCUCGCGCCAAGGCCCGACCACGGUCCUUGGACAAGACCCGGAUGAUGAAGGCCGACCCUCGAGAUCCACGGACCCAGAAAGAACAGUGGCCAUGUUUCGGGAAUCAUGUCCCAGCACCGGCGCAGAGCAAUGCCCACGGACAGUGGAUCCACUGCUGUCACUGCGACCUCCGGCUCCUCUACAUCCCCCGAAAAGGGUCACCUUCAACGACAACGGCAGUGGUCAAUGCUCCAAUGGUGAGCAGGAUGUGAAGCCUACUGCAAAGAUCUGCCACCACAUGAUGAACAAGAUCACGGCCGAGACGGUGCUCCAGAAGUCCAUUCAGGACCUCCUCGGGAACCCCUACUCCACGGGAACAACACCUCCGAUGGCAACUACCAACGGAGCGACGAUGGACAACGACGAGGAGUUGGUGAAAGCCUACGAGGAAGUUCCUCUCUACAUGGGAAAGAAGCUGAUGGCCAUGGCUUCAAUGAUGACGGCGGCUACGACAUCCCUGCUGGUGGGACUCCAAUUGGAUGGUCGAGAUGGAGUUUGGGAGAUUUCGAGCUCUCCCCACAGCUGGCUCAGCAUGUCAGCUGACCAACACGGACUCCAACCACGCACCAUCAACCUGGCGAACGGCUACGACCUCUACGACAAGAACACCUGGCAAUGUCUUCGAGAACUCCGUGCCCGUCAUCAACCUCAACGGUUAUGGUUCUCAUUGCCCUUCUCCAAGUGGUGUCCUUGGAAUGCCGCGAACUAUAACUCCCCAGAGAAGCGAGUGAAACUGGAGACAGCCCGACGACGGGAACGUCGUCUACUCUGGGAAGUGAAUUCCUUCGUGAAAGAGGCCUUAGAAGCUGAUCCCAAUGUCCUCGUCUACGUCGAGUGGCCACAUCCAAGUGGAGCGUGGCGACAACAUCCAAUGGUGGACUUGGCUACUCACCUUGAAGAUCAAGGAGUUCCUUGGCAAACAUGUCGAAUUGAUGGGUGCGCCUACGGCAUGCGCGAUUCAUCAACGGGCCAAUUCAUCAAGAAGCCAUGGACCGUCAAGACCAACGACGAGCAGUUCCACCGGAACUACCGCGCCAAAGUAUGCCCUGGCAAUCAUGGGUUCCACCAAGAGCAGAUCACUUCGAGUGAAGAAACCUACUACCCUUGGAAAAUGGUGCAAUCUAUUACCCGCCACUGGUGUAACCAGCUUGCUCCCCAAAGGCACCUUCAUCUACUACACCGACGUGACGAUCUUCCAUCUCUUGAGGUCGAGGAGAAUUUCAACAUACAAGUAGAAGACAAUGAAGAGAUGCCCGAGGAGUGGCAGGAUGAUGGAGUGGAUACCGAGGAUAGUAAUGUCCUGGUGAACUUUGUGGAAUCCCAACGACUGCUGGUGGAGUCCAUGGCCCGAGAAGCUCGACUACGGCAGGACUUUUCAAUGGAUGCCUGCGAGACUCUGUUGUUGGAAUUGUCCCAGUUCCUGGGUUUUCAUCAAAGCCAACGCCAUCGGUGGGAGGAUGGCAAACAGCUUCAACACGUGGUCUUUGGUGGCUACUCUCACGGCGGCUUUGGUGGCGUGACAAAGGCUUCCGCGAAGUUUGGUGAGGUGACCAGAUACCUCAAUCACUACUUCGAGCAUCACCUACCUCAACAUUCAUGGACGAGUAUUAUGGUGACCUUCAAUGGCCGAGCUCUUCCACAUCGUGAUCACCACAACCUUCCCAACACAACGAACGCCCUUCACUGCUUGGGAAACUUUACUGGCGGUGAGUUGUGGGUUGGUCAGAAUCGACCUGGCUACCGGAUUGCCUUGUCCGUGUAUACCGCCAGGAUGCUUCCCAACUUCAACGAGGAGACCCUUCAACAGCUUCGCUCCUUGAGAUUCCCUUUCAAGAUUCCUUCAGCACUUUUGGUGUCCUUCCCAACGGAGUUGGUCACCGAGGAAGCGUCCUCUCCAGUGGAUCCUGAGACAGAAGUACCCGAGGCGGAGCUCUCCCGAUGGGAAGCUCAAGUGGCCAAGUUUCAUCGUGCAGCGGGUCACCCGCAACUUAGCCAAGAUCAUCAGGGCGGCACAAGCUCAGGCCAGGUGCCCCCUGCUUCUACUCAAGGCUUGUAUGCGGCUUGGGAAGCAGUUGGCGUGGACUCUGGUGAGUGGAUACCCCCUGGUUCCAAGGUCAAGGUGAAGUUCCUUCUGUUCAUGGACAUGGCGACCAAACUUCGGAUUGUGAAACCCUUGUUCACAUAUGAUUUUCUUCAGAUGAGGGCUGAAUCAGGAGAUGAUCUGAUCAAGGGUCUGUCCGAACGAUGGUUGGGAAUUUUCCCAAAGCCCAAGAUAUUGAUUCUUGAUUCGGCUAAGAGCUUUGUGUCCGAAUCGGUUCAUGAGUUCGCCAAUUCCAUGAACAUCAUGCUGUCAUUUGUGGCUGAAAAGGAAGCGUGGGCCAAUGGGAUCAUCGAGGCGGGUGUCCAGGACUUGAAAAUGACGGCCUCGGCAAUCCACUUGGAGGCCAUGGAUCAGGACCCUUUUGUCACCUUGUAUCUCAGCACCUCAGCGCUGAACUCCACCGAAUAUGUGGCUGGCUACUCCUCCUUCCAAUGGGCCUACGGCAAGGAGUACAACUUGAACGACGAAGAUGUUCGGACUCUGACGGCCUCAGAGUUCAAAGGCGAGUACUCCAAACUGGUUUCCCUACGGGAAAGCGCAGAAGCGGUGGCCAAGAAAACUCGUGCACGACGAGUCCUUUCCAAGCUUGGGAACACAACAGUGCGUCAACCACUACGAUCAUUUCAUCCGAUGCAGUUGGUGAAGGUUUGGAGAAAAGUUUGGCCCCGCGAGCAGCAUCAGGGACCGCGAGGUGGCCUGAAGAAAGCUGGACGCCCUCAUUGGGUGGGUCCCGGCCGAGUGGUGUUCAACGAGGUCCUACCCCAUCAAGAAGCCCAUGAUGAUCGUCGACAUAUCGUGUGGGUUCUCGUGGGAACUCAACUUCUCAGGUGUUCGGCACAUUCGGUCAGAUUGCUGACGGAAACGGAGCGGCUACAGUUUGAGUUGGUCAAUCAGGAGAAUCCUUCGGAGUGGAAGUCAUUGGCGGACCUACUGCCAAAACGGGAGUACUACGACCUCACAGACCAGGUGCCCCAUCCGGACGAAGUGGAACAACCUGAUCUACCACGACAGCCCGAUUCUUCCACCCUUGCACCACCAACACGACGGGUGUCCAGAAAGACAACGGUGACACUACGAGAUGACGCCUCAGAAGCUUCAAGAGCUACGCCCUCGACAUCUAGUGCAAACCCCACGGGAUCCAGUCCAUCGGCAUCUAGUGCAAACCCCACGGGAUCCAGUCCAUCGGCAUCUAGUGCAAACCCCUUGGGAUCCAGUCCAGUCGUGUCUCAGUCUACUGACGACGGACUUCACAGACCGAUAUCACUGGUUCCAUCUGUCCGUCUACCAGAAGAAGCCGUCAAUGAUUACGAUGAGUCCACAGUGAAGCGAGCACGUCACUUGGACAAUUGGGUUGAAGUUCUACAUGUGGAAGCUGCACGCGAGGCACAGUUUGAUGUCUACCAUGCCAUGGAGAUGACCGAAGAUUUCCUGAUGGUCUCCUUUGCAGUACCGGCCCCAACAUCAAAUCGUCAGCGACGUCUUCUCCACAACAACCCCAAUGCAUAUCUGGUCAGAAAGAUGAAAGACGCAGAGGUGGUCCUUACUCGUCUACCUGCCUCCGAGAGAGCAUUGUUCACCCGUGCUAAAUCCAAGGAAGUGGACUCCUUCUUGAAGAAUGAGGCCGUGAGGAAGUGUUUGGACAACGAAGAGAUCCGCAAGGCCUACGAUACGCAGCGGAUUGUUCGUGCUCAUUGGGUGUUGACCUGGAAACUCACUCCUGCGGAGGACUUGGAAGAAGCUAAACAGGAUGCUCAGACCAACCCCUCGACGGUGUUCACGUCGGAUGGAUCAAAGAAAGCGAAGGCUCGCAUCGUUCUUCUUGGUUUUGAACAUCCCAACCUCCUUGACCACAGUUUCAAGACCUCGAGCCCCGUUCAAUCCACACUGGGCCGCAACAUGCUGUAUGCCAUGGCAGCUCACCACCAGUGGCCUUUGGAAGGUUUGGACCUGGCUACGGCUUUCCUGCAAACCCAAGCAACCGAAGCCGACCAGGAGCUCUGGACUUCAGGAGUUCAAGAACUUCGUGAUGCCCUUGGUGUGGGAUCCGAGCUGAUUAUGCGCAUCCUUCGCAACAUCUACGGCAGCACUACAGCGCCGCGUGGUUUGUGGCUGGAUCUGCACAAGACUUUGACCAGCCUCGGCGCUCAUCCAGUGAUGGGUGAAAGGUGUCUGUGGGUUUGGCCAUCCAAAACCGAGAAGGAUGGCGAUCAUCCAAAAUCCAUUGGUGCGAUGGGUGGUCAUGUGGAUGACUUUCACAGGAUUGGCGAUGACUCUCCUGAGUGGCGAGCCAUCAAGGACCAAGUCAAUACAGCCUACAAAUGGGGAAUGACAAAGACACGUGCCUACCGCCAUGCUGGCACGGACGUGGAGACCAAGACGGAUGAGCGUGGCAACGACUUCAUUGAGGUGAACCAGGACUACUACAUCGAGGCCAUACCCGACCUGGACAUUUCCCCUGAUCGCCUACGAUUUGAAGGUUCCCUCGACAGAGAUGAUGUGAAUGCCUGUCGUGGAGCUCUGGGAGCUUUACAAUGGGUAGCUACGCAGAGCCAACCUCUACUAUGUGCUCGCUGCAGCCUGCUCACCUCAGAGCUUGCGAGUACACCUACUAUGGAGGUGGCACGAGAGAUCCAAUCUCUCAUCGGAGAGGUCCGAGCGAAUCCCACAAGGCUGGUGUUUCAACGCUUUCCAGACGCUGAACAUUGGAGCGACAUCAUCUUCAUCAGCAUGGGUGACCAGGCCCACAACAACCGAGCCCGAGGCGACUCGACCGGAGGCCUUGUCACUUUGAUGGCUGGACCAGGGUGCCUGGAUGGCCGCAUCGCCAAGAUGUCCCUACUGUCCUGGCGUACAUGGAAGCUCAAACGCAAAGCCAUCUCCAGCAAUGACGCGGAGGUUCAGGCUAUGCUGGAAGCAGAAGAUCAGAACUUCAGGACACGUUUGAUAUGGAGCGAGCUACAUUGUGCAGGCGACCAUGAUCCCGGACUACGACAGCGCCGUGAUCUCGUGAGUGUGAUUGAACGUCAGGUACUGAAGCUCAGAGGAAUUUUAUGUACAGACUCCAAGGGAGGCUACGACGCAGUGGAAGUGAAUGAGAGCCCUCUUCUUGGUUUGAGCAACACUCGUGCUGCUCUUCAGGCUUUUCAGCUCCGGGGCAACCUCGAGCGUGCCGCCGGAAAUCUCCGCUGGGUUGCCAGCGACUAUGACUUGGCUGACGCCUUGACUAAGAAAAGAGCUGACUGUCGUGUAGGUCUCCUUCGAUUUCUUCAAACCGGCUUGUGGAGCAUCAAAUAUGAUCCACAGUUUCAAUCUUCGAAGAAGAACAAGAAAGCUGGAAAGUCAGCAGUCGGAGACAUCGAUGAAUUCCUAGGGAACGACGGUUCUCCAGAGUGGGCAACAGCAAGUAUCGCUGACCUUCUUUGGGGUUGGUGCAACAGAUUAGGUCCGUGA